AUGUCCCCCUCAACCCUCCCGGACAGCUACACCACCCUCUCCCUCCCCGCCCUCCGCUUCGCCCACCACCCGCCCUCGUCCGCCUCCGUCACGCCCGUCAUCGUCGUCUCGCUGCACCGCCCCGCCGCCCGCAAUGCCUUUACCGACACCAUGGCAAACUCCCUCGUCGCCGCCUUCAACAUGCUGUCCGACGACCCGCGCGUCCGCGCCGUCGUCCUCGCCUCGUCGGACCCGGCCAGCAAGACGUUUUGCGUCGGCAUGGACUUCAACGACGCCGGCGACGCGCCCCUCGUCGAAAAGGCCGAGCUUCAUCGCGAUCAGGGCGGCCGCGUCGCCCUCGCCAUGUACUCGUGCGCCAAGCCCGUCGUCGCCGCCGUCAAUGGCUCCGCCGUCGGCGUCGGCAUCACCAUGACGCUGCCCGCCAACGUCCGCAUCGCCAGCCGCGGCGCAAAGGUCGGCUUCGUCUUUGGCCGCAGGGGCUUCUGCAUGGAGGCCUGCAGCAGCUUCUUCCUCCCGCGCCUCGUCGGCGCCAGCAAGGCCUUGCACCUCGUCUCCACCGCCGCCGUCUACCCGGCAGAGCACAAGCUCUUCAGCGACCUCUUCAGCGACGUCGUCGCCCCGGACCAGGUCCUGCCCACCGCCCUCGCCAUCGCCGACGACAUGGCUGCCAACGUCAGCCCCGUCGCCUCCCGCCUGAUGAAGGACAUGAUCUAUCGCGCCCCCGCCACCCCCGAGGACGCCCACCUCUUGGAGAGCAGGCUGUUCCAUGCCCUCAUCCUGGGCGACGACGCCCAAGAGGGGCGCGCGAGCUUCCUGCAAAAGAGGCGGCCGGAUUUCAAGGCAACCAUGGACGACGCCCCCGCGUGGUAUCCGUGGUGGAGUCCAGUAGAUGUCAGGGUCAAGCCCAAAAUUUGA